UGGGUUUUUGGGAACUCCAACGGUCGACUUCCAAAUUCCAAUGCCCAGAUUCAAAAAAUUUAAACUGCUCUGCUCAUACAAUGCCAUCAUCACUCUCUGGGCUUGAAUCAGAACCUUCUUCUCGGCAACCAAACAGAAAGUCAGAAAGAAAGCGAGAAAAUGGAGGAACAUGACACCAAGGUGAUAGAGAUAUCACCCGCCUCCUCUGAGAAAGAGCGAAAACCAACAACGGAUAUUCAGAUAAAAUCAAAAUUUUGCUCUUCAGAAGAAGAAGAUGGGAGUCCGCUGAGACCCAUUUUUUGCCUCAACAGAAAGAACAACGCGGACAUCAAACGCAUCGAAGAAACCCAGGACUGCUUCAUCUUGGAUUUCGACCCUUUUGAGUCCAUCGACCUCUCCAAGCUCUCUGUUUCCAACAAUCCUUCGGAGGUUGAUGCUGAUCCUGACGGUGCUAGUGAUCUCUCUGUGAUUGCUGAAAAAGGCCAGGUGGCUUGUAGAGAUUAUCCGCAUUCAAGGCAUCUCUGUCUGAAAUUUCCCUUUGAGACAACACCUCAUGAGAACUACUGCAAGCUGUGUUACUGUUAUGUUUGCGAUUCGGCUGCCCCAUGCAAGUAUUGGACAGAGUCUAAACCAGAACAUUGCCAUGCUUCGGAGCAUGUUGGAGAUUGGAAAUACCAAAGGAGUUUGAGGAAGCAGCAGCCAGCAGUUUGAAAAUGAAGAAGUUCUUGAUUCUUCGUGCAGUGCUGCAGUAGAUGGUAUACGACAAAGAAAAAUUAGAUUAUUAAAGCAAUCAGGCUGUCAAAUUCAUGCUUAGAAUUAAUUUUUGGGUAGAUAGGUUCUGUUUUAUGCAGAAGUCCCGUCAUUCGAAGCGGAAUAUGUACUAUCUUUUCUUCAUCUUUGGUUGUGCACAUGACAUAUGUAGAUAUCCUAAUAUAUGUAAAGGAUGGAGAGAGUUAAGCUCAAAUGAAUGAAAUCCAAUUAUUUUGUUUGAGUUAUAUGUUCUAAAAAUCAUGUCAAUAUGGUGACAUUGCACUUUUUCAUUAAAAGAGACAUAUUCAGAAGUUGUUUCCCUAUCUUGUCUAGUAUUAGUCCUG